CCUGCUGGGAGUCGGUGGUGCCGAGCCGGCUGCGGAGGGUUGAGAGCGCGGCGGGGCGCGGAGCAGCCAGAGGGGGCCGGCAGGAGCUGCAGGGGGCUGCCGCGACCUCGAGCCGGCAUUGCUGCCAGCCAUGGCCAGUCAGUCGCAGGGCAUCCAGCAGCUGCUGCAGGCCGAGAAGAGGGCCGCGGAUAAGGUCGCCGAGGCCCGCAAGAGGAAGAACCGGCGGCUGAAACAAGCAAAAGAAGAAGCCCAGGCUGAAAUAGAACAGUAUCGCCUGCAGAGGGAGAAAGACUUCAAAGCAAAGGAAGCUGCGGCUCUUGGCUCCCAUGGCAGCUCUGCCACUGAGGUGGAAAAGGAUACCCAGGAGAAGAUGAUCGUCCUCCAGAAUAACUUCCAGAAGAACAGAGAGGAGGUUCUCAAUGCCCUGCUGGACUUUGUCUUUGAUGUCAAACCGGAGAUCCACGAGAACUUCCGCAUUAAUGGAUAAGGGGAGCACUUUGGUCUUCAGGAAGUAUUCAGCAAUAUCAGCUCUGUGUCUGACCAUACUCUUAGCUGUACUCCUCUUUGUUUUUGUAAAAGAUCUUAACUUAUUUCCAAAAAUAGAGCUGUAGAUAAUCUUGUCACUGAAACCUUUCACUAAAUCUUUUGUACCAUUUUUGGAGCUCAUCCAAAGAUAUCCAAGUUCUGUCUAUCCCUGAAGUGCAUUAUGGUGGGAAUUCCAAGUGGAAAGAGAAUAGUGGGCAACUUCUGAUAAGUAUUAAGCUUGACAUUUUGUGCCCAAGUAGUAUUCUGGGAGUUAAGAAGACCAUGAGGUCUGUUGGGCUCCCCCCCCCCAUGUACCUCUUAACUUGUGAGCAUGUGAGGACCAGAUCCUUUGAUAAGUGACAGCCCAUCCUGCUCCUGUAGAGAGAUAUGAAGUUUGUGCAUAAGGUUGAAUAUCUUAGAGAUUAGAGUCCAGAGAGAAAUCAUUCUGUGCCGUUGUAGAAGGAUUUUGAAGUGGGUUCUGUUUAAACAAACGUCGUCUGUAUCCUCCUGUUUAACUUGAACUGGAUGCCUACCCUCAAAGGUGCUUGAAGAUGAGUAAAGCUCUUAUUUAACGUGGAA